AUGGUAUGCCGAAAUGUAAUUGUGCAUGGCUAUGGAUUAUUGUGCCUGGAUAUGGAUUUUGUGUUCGAUGGAGGAUAUAUAAAGAUAAGUUUAAAAUAUCAAGGGGAUCAAAAACGGGGAUCAUGCUAGA